AUGAAAGGUUAUUCUCAGUCAUUCCCUUCAAAAACAAUUUCGCAAGUUCCUACUAUUUCAUCUGUAAAAAGAUCAUCAAACUCUAGAAGUAGAAGACUGACAAUUGCUAAAAACGAGGAAGAAAUGUCAGUAAGGGUGAAGAGUUGGAGAAUCAGAAAAAGUUUGGAAAAGGACAUUGGACGAGUAGUCACCUUGAGCUGCUGGGCAGAAGCAGCAAAAAUUGAAGAAAAAUUGCUGCAGCAGCAUUUGCAUUUUGGUUGGUGUUGCUUGGAUGAGCUUAUAAGGAGUACUAGGUCCUUAGUUCUAUACUUUGCAAGAAACUACAGGGGUGUAGGAAUAAGCUUAAAAGAUUUGCUUCAGGCUGGAAGUGUGAGUGUUCUGCAAGGUGCUGAAAGGUGACAUACUAGCGGUUACAAAUUCUCAACCUAUUUCCAGUACUGGAUAAGAAAAUCAAUGUCAAAAUUUAUGGCACGGCAUGCUAGAGGAAUCCAAAUUUCCUCUACAUUCAGCAAGGCAUUAAAUCAGAUACAGAAAGCCUGAAAAUCCAUCAACACCAACUUGAGUAAAUACCCAGAUGAUGAUGAAAUUGCAAAGCUUAUAGGUCUUUCCUUGGCUAAAAUCAGAUCGGCAAGCCAAUGCCUGAGAGUUGUGGGUUCAGUUGGUCAUUAGACAGGGGGCCUCUUUUCAGGUAAUUACAUUAAAUUUAAUCCAAAUACAUCAAUAAUGAGUCCUGCAGAAACUGUCACAAGGCAAGACAUGAGGAAAGGCAUUCAUAGAGUACCAGUCUUACACUAUGGGUUUAAGAACUGCCAACCCAAGUCACUUGAGGAGAUUAGGAGGCUUUUGCGAGUGAACGAGGAGCGGAUAAGAAUAAUGGAAAACAAGGCUCUGAAAAAGCUAAGUGAUGAAGAAAUCGGAAGAAACUUAAGCCAGUAUUUAGAAUCAUAGAGCUCAGAUGAGUUUGAGAAGAUUUAAUUUUGUUGUUUACGCGGUUAAGUGCGCAGAAGGUGAGUUCAUUUUUUCAUUUGGUUAGUUUGGGAUGUGCCGGAGAAAUUAUGGAUAAAAAAAGAAUGCAGGAUUGCCUUUAGAAUUCCCAAUUGAAGUUGCACCUCUUUAUUAACUGUUGAAAUUUGAUAAUGUUAUAUGAUACUUCGGUUUUUUCUUUUUACAAAUUGGCAUCAUUUUGUCAAAUGGAUGUACAUAGACGUGGUGUUCAUGACAUUUAUAUUGUCUUUUUACAAAUUGGCAUCAUUUUGUCAAAUGGAUGUACAUAGACGUGGAGUUCAUGACAUUUAUAUUGUACAUAUAUUUAUUUUUGCUAAUAGAUGAUAUUGUAUAUUUAUACUUA